AGAAUAAUGGGCAGGAGAAUCAAGAUUCCUCUGAACUGUCCCAAGUGAUCAGUGCUAAAGAUGGAACAGAGAAGUUUGGAAUUCAAAUCAAAUUCGAAAGCUGUGAGAGAAACCAGUCAAAGAAUCGGAAUCAGGAAAGCUCAUCUUCCACUGAUGCUCCAAUGCAAGACUUUCUUGCCCAACAAGAGAAAAUAAGGAAAAAAUACACUGGAAAAAGUGUGAAGCUAAUCAAAGCUAAAGUACAAGUAAAUGAACACUAUUUAACCCAAAACAAAGGAGAAGAUGCUAUAAGAAGGCAGAAUGGAAAAAAUUACAAUGGGACUUUCAUUCCUUCUCUUGGGAAUAACUUCCAUACAGCUCAAAAAGUGAUUGACACAAAAGAGAAACCUUAUAAAUGUUCGGAAUGUGGAAAAUGUUUUAGAACAGGCAGGCUACUUACUAUCCAUAAAAAGAUCCACGUAGGAGAAAAACCAUAUAAAUGCACAGAGUGUGGAAAGACGUUUACUUGUAGCAGUGGCCUUAGAAGACACAAAAAGAUCCACACAGGGGAGAAGCCAUUUAAAUGCAUGGAGUGUGGUAAGACGUUUACACUUGGUACUGGCCUUACAAGUCACCAAAAGAUCCACUCAGGAGAGAGACCAUUUAAAUGCACAGAGUGUGGAAAGACCUUUGCUCAGGACAGUGAUCUUAAAAGGCACAGAAAGAUCCACACAGGAGAGAAACCAUUUAAAUGCAUGGAGUGUGGAAAGACCUUCGCUCGAAGCAGUCAUCUUAUUUCCCAUAAAAUGAUCCACACAGGGGAGAAACCAUAUAAAUGCAUGGAGUGUGGAAAGACCUUUUCUCAAAGAGGUCAUCUUAUUUCCCACAAAAUGAUCCACACAGGGGAGAAGCCGUAUAAAUGCAUGGAGUGCGGAAAGAUGUUUACUCGUGGCAGUGGCCUUAGAAAUCACAUAAAGAUUCAUACAGGAGAGAAACCAUUUAAAUGCAUAGAGUGCGGAAAGACCUUUGCUCAAAGUCGUCAUCUUAUUUCCCAUAAGAUGAUCCACACAGGAGAGAAGCCAUAUAAAUGCAUGGAGUGCAGAAAGACAUUUACUCAGAGCAGUAGCCUUAGAAGCCACAUAAAGAUCCACUCUUUUUCCCCGUAAAAGAAGCCACACAGGA